AAGAAUUUAUACAGAGAAAAAUGUCUUCCUUAUCAUCUUCAUCUAUUCAAUUUUGGAAUGACAUUUGCACAAAGGCCUUCAACAACGAUCCUGAUGCUAACGACUUUGUUUUAUUUUUCGAGGGCUGCAAAAUACCUCAGCACGAUGACACAGGUCUUAUUUUGUAUUCUUGGACCACACUACGUGAAGACUAUCAACAAAAACUCCAACAAUUAGGUUGUGCAAUUCAACAAUCAAAACCUGAUGAGCUACAGUUCACUUUAUCUUCUGAAGAAUUAACAUUAUUAUUCAAUGAAAAAAGUAAAAUUCGAACCAAAUGGCAUAGCAAUCGUCAAAAGGCCCUUAAAGAACACUUGAAUAAACUUUUACAACAGCCCUUGACAUUGCUUACGCUUAAUAGUAAACAUCGAUUAGCCCUUGUGAAGCAAUUUGUUGAAGAUUAUGGUUCUGAUUUAGGUUCUGUACCAUUCUUGCGUGGGCUUACAGGAUUAUUAAAAUACCAACUUGAGCAUCCUCAGUCAAUUGCAGAAUGGUCAAUGAACGAAUUCCUCCUAACUCAGAAUAAUGAAGAUGCCAUGGAUGCCUAUAUUCGACUUUUACGUGGUGUUUUAUGUAUGCAAAACAUCUAUCAAGAUGAUAUUAAUGAUACUGUAGCAAUUGAUAUUGACACAGUAUGUGAGCAACCGGAAUCGAUACUUAUUUGGAGAAUGAGUCCUGAAUUAGAUGAUAAGCUAAUUCGGGACAUUUUGAAAUCUCUACCAAAUAUAAAAGAUGUUCAAAAACAUGGCUACAAAGUAACCGAUAUACCCAGAAAGCAAUCAACAUCUGAACACCAAACAUUAUUUCAAUGGGUUUAUGAAAUCUUUAGUUAUUGUUUAUCAUUUUUACAUAAAUAAUUAUUUCCUUUUACAAUAUCAAAAAAAAAAAAUUUAUUUGUUUAUAACAUAAUGAAAGUCUUUUCUUUCUUUUUUUUUUU